AUGUUGGUGUUUCUACAAAGAUCAUCACGAUAUUUAUUUUCUGAUUGGCUUGUUGGUGGUCAUGUGAACGUGCCUACGACCAAGAAGACUUACUGCAAGAGCAAGGAGUGCAGAAAGCACACCUUGCACAAGAUUACCCAAUAUAAGAAGGGUAAGGGUAGUUUGGCCGCUCAAGGGAAGCGCCGUUACGACCGCAAACAGUCCGGUUAUGGUGGUCAGACCAAGCCCGUUUUCCACAAGAAGGCAAAGACCACCAAGAAGAUUGUGCUAAGGCUGCAAUGUCAGGGUUGCAAACAUGUUUCUCAACAUCCGAUCAAGAGGUGCAAGCACUUUGAGAUCGGUGGGGACAAGAAGGGGAAGGGAACAUCUCUUUUCUAAACGUGUUAUCAUAUAUCAUGUGCUUUGUUAGUUUUACUUUGCUGCAGUUGUUGGAACGGAAAGCAAUAUAGAAUUUUGUUGAGUUUGGUUU